AUGAGCGACUACGGUGAUAACGAUUACUCUGAUCCUGGUAAUUUUGAUGAGGAUAAUAUGGGAGAUGACAUGGAUGAUGGAGAUCAAGAAUCUGAAGAAGCCUCUUCCAGAUCCGGAGAUGAGGGUGAUUCAGCUGAUGAUUCUGAUCACUCUGGAACUGAAUCUGAAAGUUAAUCUGAAGUCGAUAAGGACGAAUAUCCUGAAGAAAUGGUUAUCAUAAAAGAUUAAGAUAGAGAUUAAUAAGCAAGUAAAACCAAAGUAACACCUCCUUUCCUCACAAAAUAUGAAAAAGCCAGAAUUAUUGGAACACGCGCCUUAUAAAUUGCUCAAAACUCUCCAAUCUAUGUAGAAACAGAUGACAAGGACUAUGAUCCUAUUGCUAUUGCCGAAAAAGAGUUUGUCUAGAAAAAGAUCCCCUUUAUUAUUAGAAGAUAUCUUCCCAAUAAAGAAUAUGAAGAUUGGGCUCUCGAUGAAUUAGAAGUCUUAGAUUGA